AUGCUGCUCGACGUCUUCCAACUCUUGCUGCGGCUCCUCCAGGGCCCCGAGGCGCCAUGCCGCUUCCAGCGGGGCUCCAGGCCCGCUCCUAGCCGGCCGCGCGGCUGGAGGACAUCCACGCCUCUCUCCAGGCUGGUGCGCUGGCGGCGCAGGCGGCGGCCGAGACCUCGGGCCGGGGCGAGGCGGCGCGGGGCUGAGCCGAGGUCUGCCGGACAUGCCCGAGCGCGGGGCCCGGCCCUGAGCGCGUCCCGCCGGCCCUCCCCCGCACCCCCUGCACCCCCAACAAGCACCGCACCCAGCAUCAUGCCCGUCGGAUUCGAGAACUCCGCGCUCAAGAUGAGCUUCUCGCUGUCCUCGCUGCAGCCCUCUGGCGACGGUCCAGAGGGAGUGGAGCACGCGAGGGGCGAGCGCCCCUACAACAGUCUCACCAAGAAGCCCCGGCGGGAGAGGGAGCAGGAGGCGUGGAGGCGCUCCUGGGGCAGCAGAGACGACGGCCGGGACGACUUCUGGGCGGCACUGCAGUCCAACUACAACUACCUCAUGGACAGCCAGCUCAUCGACUCCUGCAAGGAGGCGAGCGGGGAGCUGUCCUGGGACGAGCAGGACGUCUCCCAGCAGUCGUGGAGCCUCGGCGAGUUCGCUGCGCAGUUCUCCGAACUCUACUCCUGGUUGAAUAGGGUUCAGGAGUCGGCGCUCAGCAUGGACGAGCCGGUCGCGGGCGAGGGAUCCCGACAGGGGCAGCUGGAGGAGCUGCAGAGGCGCUGGUACCGCCGCAGGCUGUUCAACGAGCAGGGCCAGCAGCUGGCCCAGUCCCUGCCGGAGUCCCGGGAGGAGGUGGCCCGGCGCCUCGCCAGCCUCAACUCCCGCUGGGACGUGCUGGAGGAGGCGCUCCGCGGCGGCCGCGACCAGCUGGACCCGGGCCUCGACAUGGAGCAGGAGGUGAGGAGGCUGCGACGGUGGAUACGCGACAUGGAGGCCCGCCUCCAGCCGCUCGACCUGCGCACGGGGCUGAGCUGGGGCCCCCAGGAGCUGGACGAGAAGGCCCGCGAGCACGUGGUGCUCCAGGUGGACAUCGCCUCGCACGGCAAGGUGGUGUGCUCGGUGGUGAAGCUGUGCGAGAGGGUGGCCCGCGGCGGGCAGCUGAGGAGAGACGCCGCCCACGCGCUGCGCCUGGCCCGCUCCCUGGAGCGCCGCUGGCACCACCUCUACCUGCGCGCCAUCGAGUGGCAGUGCCACAUAGAGCGGCUCGUCGACCGCCUGCGUGGCUCCAGCCCCGGAGCGAGCGUGACGGACAGCGACGAGGAGCCGCUGCACAAGUACCCGCGACUGUCCGGUGACGUCAGCAGCGACCACACCGACGACGGCUCGUACUUCGAGGAUGAGCUGGAGGCGCUGUCCGUGAUGGACCCGGGCUGCUCCUCGACGCCGCUCACAGACGAGGACUGCGCCAUGGUGGGGGUCGCCGAGGUCUCCGCCCUCGAGCACUGCACGCCGACGCGCGCGAGGCCCAACUGCGGCUGGUUCGCCAUCCGGCACCUGGACACGGACUCGGAGCAGGACCGCGGCUCGGCGGGGCUGGCGCGCGCCCUCGCGCCGCACGUGCUCAACCCGGUGGUGGCCGUCAGCGACGAGUCCUCCGGGGACGAGGGGUGGACCUACACGGGCGGCGGCGGGUGCCAGGAGGAGGAGGAGGCGGCCCAGGAGACCAUCCAGCAGCUGGUGAGCCAGGCGGAGCUGCUGGUGCCGCCGGCGCCGCUGGCGGCCGUCACGAGCCGCGACCUCGAGCCGCUGGUGUUCCCCGUCGCCGCGGCCGCGGCCGGCGCCAAGACCAGGCGCGUGCACGCGUGGCUGCGGCAGCACCAAGACGCGCCCGCGCAGCUACAGGACAGCUGCGACGCGAGCGGGGAGUACACGACAGGGGACUCGGACGAAGAGAAGGGCUCCGACACCUCGGAGGACCACAACGGCAGCGUGUCGACCUGCCGCCGACUACCGCGCUCCGCCGCGGGGUCGGCCGAGGCCUUCCACGACCCGGACACCACCCCUGUGGCCGAGAAGCCUCUUCCCGCGAUGCAGCACCCCUCGCCCGACCAGCCCAAGGUGGUGAUGCGGUGCCGGCGCCAGCUGGGGUCCGGGGAGCGGCCCUGGAGCGUGUCCGGCCUGUCCCAGCUGGCGGGUGCGGCCGGCCCCCGGGACCCCCUCGCCAGCCUCUUCAGCUCCGAGUCGGCGCUACACAAGCUGCUGGCGCCCGCCGCGGAGGACGCCGGCGCCGGCUCCCUGCGCAGGCGCAAGGUGCGCUCCCGUCGCAGGACCUUGGGUCGCAAGUCAGACUCGGGGUCUGGCGGAGGUUCCGGUGGCUCCGGGGGCAGUGACACCCAGCAGAAGAAGGUUGAUGGAGUGCUGACCAAUGGGAAGGCUUCUGCGUUUGGUCGCAACAAGUCUGGCUCCUUCUCAGGCAGCCCCAGCAUGGCGGGAGUGGGGCCUCUACCCGCCCACUCUGCCAGCGACCCCGCGGCGCCGGUGGGCUCCACCAGCGGGGAGGAGGGCGAGGAGGGACCGGCGCCCCGGUUCAAGCUGGGGCCGGCGGCGGGGCUGGUGACGGUGGGCCCCGGCGCGGCGCUCCCCGAGGAGCAGCUCAGCUCCUUCAGCGAGCAGGCCUGGGACAACUACCAGGAGAAGUACAUGUCUGAGCCGUACAGCGAGGAGCUGGCGGACCCGGAGGCAGCGCGGCGGCUGCUGGAGUUCGGCGACGACUACCGCAACUUCCUGGACAGCCAGUCGGACUGCAUGUCCAGCCUGAGCACCAACCACGGGACCGUGUCGCCGGUCAGGAGGCGGCGCCCGACCGCCGUGGCGCGACCCGACAGCUCGCUGCUCAACUCGGACUCCGACGUGGAGGACGUCCACCACAUGGCGCGGAACAGCUGGUCCCAGCUGGGCUUCAUCGAGGCCGCGCUGGGCGAGCUUCUUGCCAAGAGGGACCUGGUGCUGCCCUCGGACUAUGCCGAGAUAGUGGCCACGUCCAAGGAGAACCUGCGAUGCCUGCGCCCGAUACUGGUGGACGUGGAGUCGAAGGGAAGCAGGCUGACCCCUCAGCAGUGCCGGGACUUGCGUGACAUGGUGACCCGCUGGGAGGGCGUGCAGCAGCGCUCCGAGUCGCUGCACCAGGCCUGGAGCCUGGAGAGGGAGCUGGCGGCCGUCAGGGAGCACCUGGCAGCCCUCGCCUCCAGGCUGGCCGACGUGGGCGAGCUGGAGGACCGCGACCAGCUGCACGCCAGGAUCAGGCACCUCGAGACGGCAAUGACCCAGAUGGUGGAGACGAAGUCGUCGCUACUGCAGACCAACAUGGCGGUCCACCACUUCCACAUGUCGCUGUCGGGGGCGACCGACCAGCAGCCGGCCCUCGCACUCAAGGACGCCGUCGCCGACCUCUACAAAGUGUGGGACGAGAACUACAAGAGGAUGAGCCAGCACAUGAGCAGCCUGCAGCGCGCGGCCGACGUGUGGAAGCAGUUCGACGCGCAGCUGGCGGAGCUGCAGGCGGCGCUGCGCACGGACCAGGUGACGCUGCGCGUGCUGGACUCGGCGCUGCAGGGCCCGGGACCCUGCGUGGACAUCGCCCCCUCCGUGCUGGAAGUGGCCAAGGCGCUGUCCGAGAAGACGGAGGAUCCCUCGCUGGGGCUGCAGGGAGCGGAGGUGCUGGACGAAGUGGCGAUAGCCUCGCUGAGCCUGAGGGCGGGCGAGGGGGGCGGCUCCCUGUCGGACAGCGGGAUCUCGGACUCCGGCUCGGAGCAGGAGAUGAGCGAGCGCGAGAAGAGGCUGGCCGUGCUGCGCCGCCUGGCGCGGAACCUGGAGGCCGUGCUGUCGCCCGGCUGCACCGCGCUGGACAACAUCCUCAAGCGCAUCGAGCAGUCUGAACAGGAGCUGAAGACUCUCCAGAACACGUGUCGGGACCUCAUAUUCCGCACGGCCCUCAAGGGGCGAGCUGCCGGGGGCCCCGCCCCCUCAUGCCCUCCCGAGGACCACCUUGCCAGCAACGGUGCCGGGAAGGAGAACGGGGCCGUGCCGAAGGGGGUCGCCGCCCCAGACGCCGACCCGGAGGACCCGGAAGGGGGCCGCAAGUUCCUGCGGUGGCUGUGGCGCGUCGUGAAGGCGUCGUUCCCCUUCCAGGUGGCUCUGUUGGCGCUCCUGUGCUUCGUGUGCCUGGUGGAGCCGCGCUGCUGCGACGCCAUGAACAACUUCGGCCUGUCCUUCGGGCCCCAGCUGCGCUACAUGCGCGGCCCCCCGCCCAUCUAGGGGACCCGCCCCCGCCUGUGCCUUAGCCGCGAGUCCUGUUCUUGAUGCGUUUGUGAAUGCAGCAGAGGGAAAAUGUUUUUUCCUUAUGGGAAAUUUGUGUUUAUUUUUACUUCAGAAGUAAGUUUUUUUUUUUGUACCGUAGAAUAAAAAUGAAUCUGUGCAACUUUUGUACAUACUUAACUAGUAGUUGCGUGCAGUUUUAACUUUCACGCAGGGCACCGCUGCGUUUUGGCUUUUGUUCUUUUUUGGCUACUGUCAAGUCUCUGAAUGUGGAAAAUGUUUGUAGGAGUCCCUCAGGAUGAUUGCAUGUUGAAUGCUUUGCAACAUUGAGAGAAUUUAAAUGUUGCAUAAAAAUUUUCUCAUUAUGUGUUAGUCUAAUUUUAGAAAGACAAAAAAAAAAUUUGUUUCAUGUCUGAGUUUCUUGCAAAAUAAUUUUUUACAUAAAUGAGAAUGACAUAUUUUUUUAAGAUUUAUGGAGAUGUGGUGAUUAUUUUUUCACAGAAACAGGUGGAAAUAAAAAUAUUGUAUGUACUGUA